AUGAGCGAGCUGUCCGCUGCUGCAGGUGCUACCGAGACCUUCGGUUUCCAAGCCGAAAUUUCUCAGCUUCUCGACCUCAUCAUCAACACCUUCUACUCCAACAAGGAGAUCUUCCUCCGAGAGCUCAUCUCCAACUCGUCGGACGCGCUCGACAAGAUCCGCUAUGCGGCUCUCACCGACCCCACCCAGCUCGACACCGAGAAGGAGCUCUUUAUCCGCAUCACUCCCAACAAGGAGGAGGGCACCCUUACCAUCCGUGACACCGGUGUUGGUAUGACCAAGGCCGACCUCGUCAACAACCUGGGUACGAUCGCCAAGUCGGGUACCAAGGCGUUCAUGGAGGCUCUUUCGUCCGGUGCUGACAUUUCCAUGAUUGGUCAAUUCGGUGUCGGUUUCUACUCUUCUUACCUUGUCGCCGAGAAGGUCCAGGUGACCACCAAGCACAACGACGACGAGCAGUACAUCUGGGAGUCGGCUGCCGGCGGUACCUUCACCAUCACCGAGGACACCGAGGGACCCCGUCUCGGCCGUGGUACCUCCAUGAAGCUCUUCAUGAAGGAUGACCUCAAGGAGUACCUCGAGGAGAAGCGCAUCAAGGAGAUUGUCAAGAAGCACUCCGAGUUCAUCUCCUACCCCAUCCAGCUCGUCGUCACCAAGGAGACCGAGAAGGAAGUCGAGGAGGACGAGGAGGUCACAGAGGGCGAGAGCAAGAUCGAGGAGGUGGACGACGAGGACUCUGGCAAGAAGACCAAGAAGACCAAGAAGGUCAAGGAGACCACCACUGAGAACGAGGAGCUCAACAAGCAGAAGCCCAUCUGGACCAGGAACCCCUCCGAGGUUACCCAGGAGGAGUACGCCAGCUUCUACAAGUCCAUCUCCAACGACUGGGAGGACCACCUUGCCGUCAAGCACUUCUCGGUCGAGGGUCAGCUCGAGUUCAAGGCCAUGCUCUUCGCCCCCAAGCGUGCGCCGUUCGACCUCUUUGAGCAGAAGAAGAAGAGGCACAACAUCAAGUUGUAUGUGCGCCGAGUCUUCAUCACCGAGGACAACGAUGAGUUGAUCCCCGAAUACCUGAACUUCAUGGUCGGCGUCGUCGACUCGGAGGACCUCCCCCUCAACAUCUCCCGAGAGACCCUCCAGCAGAACAAGAUUCUGAAGGUCAUCCGGAAGAACCUUGUCAAGAAGGCUCUUGACCUGAUCUCGGAGGUCUCAGAGGACAAGGAGAACUACGACAAGUUCUACCAGGCCUUCUCCAAGAACCUUAAGCUCGGUAUCCACGAGGACGCCGCCAACCGGUCCAAGAUCGCCGAGUUCCUCCGGUUCCACUCUACCAAGUCGGUGGACGAGCAGACCUCGUUCAAGGACUACAUCACCCGCAUGCCCGAGGUCCAAAAGUCCAUCUACUACCUUACCGGCGAGUCGCUCGAGGCCGUCAAGGACUCACCGUUCCUUGAGGUCCUCAAGAAGAAGGGCUUCGAGGUCCUUCUUCUCGUCGACCCCAUUGACGAGUACGCCGUUACCCAGCUCAAGGAGUUCGACGGCAAGAAGCUCGUCUGUGUGUCCAAGGAGGGACUGGAGCUCGAGGAGACCGACGCCGAGAAGGCCGAGCGUGAGAAGGAUGUUGCCGCCUAUGAGGACCUCUGCAAGGCCAUCAAGGAGAACCUCGGCGACAAGGUCGAGAAGGUCAUCGUCUCCAACCGUAUCACCGACUCCCCAUGCGUCCUCGUCACUGGUCAAUUCGGCUGGUCGUCCAACAUGGAGCGUAUCAUGAAGGCUCAGGCCCUUCGUGACUCGUCCAUGUCGUCCUACAUGGCUUCCAAGAAGACCAUGGAGCUCAACCCUUCCCACCCCAUCAUCAAGGAGCUCAAGUCGCGCGUGUCGGAGGACGCUAGCGACAAGACCGUCAAGGAUCUCACCUACCUCCUCUUCGAGACCGCUCUCCUCACUUCGGGCUUCACCCUCACCAGUCCCCAGGACUUUGCUAGCCGGAUCAACCGGAUGAUCGCUCUUGGUCUUAGCAUCGACGCCGAGGCACCCGCGGCGGCAGCGGAGGACGGAGGCGACGUGCCCCCUCUCGAGGACGCGGCUGGCGGGAGCAUGGAGGAAGUAGAUUGGGAUCUGAGCAGGGGAUAA